CUGCUAAAACCCGCACCACCAGCAAAAGGGUAAAUAAGCAAAAUUACAUGCGAAGAUAUCUGUUUUGAUCGGAAUUAAUUGAACAAUCCCGAAUUUUCUUAAAGAAAUUUGAUGACCAUAACCGAAGGUCCCCUGGCACUGGAAACACAAGCAGAAAAAGGGUUGUUUCAAUGUAAUUUUCAGCCAUGGACUCUUCUGGCGGAAUUGCGGAUCUGACCAGCGUAUCCUUUGCGGACUUCGAGGCAAAAGCAGCCGAGGGUGAAGAGUCCUGGCCGCAGGCAAAGGACAUAACCCUAGAUCUGUCGCUGGGCCAGAAGACGCUGUUUGCCGCUGACCAGACGCCUACGCCAACACGCCUUAUCAAGAACUGCGACGAAGUGGGACUCUUCGAGGAUCUGCAGCAUGUCAAUCCAUUUGACAUUGGUUUCCAGCGCGCGGCGGAGCAAAACGUUUCUGGAACUCCAAAGCGCCCGCAAGCUCCUCCGGUAGACGGGGAGUCUCUACACACCCCACAGGUGUUUCCACUGGAGAACGCUAGCCCUCUAGCUCCAUCCGGCAAUCCGGUCUCUCGAAGCGAUAGUUGCAGCAAUGUGGAUGUGGAACAGCUGCUGGCCACCACUGCAACUCCUCCCCUUACGGCGGAACCUCCUGCACCUCCGUUAGCUGUGGAGCCUCCGCCACUACAGCUCAUCCAACCCCAAGUCAUAACCUGGGUACUGCCCGCCCAAUCCUGCCCUGUACCCUUAGUAGAGGCGAAAAAAUGCCAUACGAAUGCCACACGACCCUUCAUCCUGCCCAAGCCCAGUACAGAAACAGUGAAGAAAAGGCGACCAGAACCCAUCCUAGUGAGCUGUAAUACGCCCAAUCCCGAACCGAGCAGCGCCAGUUUGACGCCCACAUCACAGCUCCCAAUUAAGGAGCGUUUAAAAGCGAUCCUGCACAGCAAUAACCUCAACAGACGCCCCUUUACCACAUCUCCACAGGUCGUGAGAUCCAAGGAUGCAAAGGACCGUGACGCGGAUUGCAUGGAGCGGAGAAGAGUAGCUGCCAGGCGCUACAGAAACAAGGUCCGCAACGAGCACAAGGAUCUGCUGAAGCAAAACAACCAACUGCAACAAGAGAACCAUGAACUGCGCGAAAUGAUCGCCCGGUUGGAAAAGGAGCUGAAGCAGCAGAAGCUUAGCCACAACAGCAUAGCUGGGGUAGUGGGCAGUCAGCUGCAUAUUCCGCCCUCCAGCUUUCACCUGCUUAUCAACGUUCCAAACGUCGUAGUGCCUUCGCCGUUGGUUAAGAAGUAAUUAUAGUAACCUGGACUACCACUAUAAGCUGCCACGUUAUUCGAUUGUCGAUUGUUUUUCCAGUGAUUUGAUGGAAGUCCUUGAUCUGUUUUGAUUUCAGUGCCAUGUCAUUUAGGAAUUCUUUCUAAUUUUAUUUGUACAAUAAGUCCCAAUCCGUUGUUCUAUUAAAUUAGAAAACUUUACCCCUGCA